AUGUAUAAACGACAUUUGACUAGUAUUCCGGAGAAGAAUGAGUCUGAAGAAGAUGCUAGAGUGAAUAAAUGGGUUCCUAAAAAAAAACACGAAGUGCUGAAGGCAAAAUAUAAAUGCUUGAAGAAGUUAUUUCAAAUCUACGACGCUAGCGUGAUCGGUAUACUGCCGGAGACGUACGAGCAGGACGACAACUAUACAAACACACAGAGCGUGGAAGAGAGACCGCACUCGAGGAGGAAACGACGCUCGCAUCGCACCAAAACCGACGCUUGCGCAGGAACGACAGAAUCUUCAAGCGGCGAUGUUUCAGUCAGGUCUGAAGACAAGGAGGGGUCAAUCGCCUCCGCUGUCAUCAGAGACCUCAAGGUCCAAUGCUCGUGUUCGACGCAAAUAACAGCGGAGAAGUCGGUGAAGUGCUCCCCCCUGGAGGUGCAGCCGUCUAGCAUGUGCACGGACCAUGAGUUCAAUCCAGGAGCUGACAUGCUGCAACAGCUGCAGCACCCUGUACCUUACCUGUGCAUCAAUGAGCACAGGAACAAGCCCACGAGGUUCCAGCUGUUCUUGCAGCGGUUAUUCGGUCUAAGGAGAGAGAAGCCAAGGAACUAUGUGUUACCGAAUGGCCACAUUUACGCCGCUAGUGAUAAUAAUAUCGCGCACGACUACUGCGAGAGAAGGCGCAGGCGGGGCCUGAGAAUCCGGAGGUUCCGCAAGCCGAAGAAGAUCCACUCUGAAUCGGCUCUCAGAGACCUGAAGACUCCGACGAUUCUGUCCUGCGUCCAAUCCGUCCAGAGGAACUGUCUCAUUGAUAGGACGCCACGACAAUGUCCUAUCGUUGGUUGCAAGAUGAUGUUUUACGGUAUAAUCAACUACAACGACCACCUGAACCUCUGCCACUUCACGGAUCGGAAGUACGUGUGCCACUACUGCCACGAGGGCUUCGAGCUGGAGUACGACAAGACCCUGCACGAGAACGAACACCUGGGGAUCUCGAAGCUGAACCAGAGCCAAGUCCACGCCUCCGCGACAUCCACGCAGAGGCAGUCUCAGAGGGUAAGCAACACCCAAACUGAACCGGAGUUGAAGUGUGACGUGCCCGAAGAGAAGUUGAAGAAGAUAGUCUCCUUCUUCGACAAGCUGGUGGAUACAGAACAGAUGCUCAGCGAGUUCAAGAAGAGCCGGUACUCAGAAUCGAAUCUCCACUCGCUUCAAGACUCGUCUAAAGCGGAGACAGAGACGGUAACAGAAUGCGGCACAGUCAGUUCUGACAAGCGCACAGCCAGUUGCAGCGAGCUGAUGCCGCGGAAGGCGGACAAGAGCAAGACGACAGCGUUCUCAGACCUGACCUCCAAGUGUUCCUGCUCGCCUGUCAAAUGCCACAUCUGCGGCGAGGACUUCGAUUACAGACGUCAGCUGAGCCUCCACGUCGAUGUGGAACACGGUGUCCAUGAGAAAUUCAGCAAGUUCCACAGCUGUGCCGGCAUCACCGACUGGCGGCGCCGGCGCAGCGAAUUGGUAAAGGCUGAGGCGGGCAAGAUUAACGUACAGAGCGUAAGAGAAGUCAGGCGAGUGAACACCAAUUCCACACUGACCCCAGACACCGACGCGUCGCAGGUUUCGGGACGCAAAUCCGUGGAAACUUUGAGUUGUGAUCCCUCCACCAACAUAAUCUAUUACGAAAGCAUGGAAACCGUUAAGAAACCGUCGAUUAUAAACAACUUUGUCGAGAAAGUAAAGAGCGGUAUCACCAGUUACCGUUGGGAGCCAGGUACCACCAUUAUUCGCGUGUAAUAUUCAGGUUCAGCAAUAUUCA